GGCCAUGGCUUCCAAAUGUCUCAAGGCCAGUUUCUCUUCGAGAUCUCUCAAGGGCCCAGGAGGGGCCGGUGGUUGCUCUACCCGCGUGUCCACUAUGUACUCCAGCAGCUCCUGCAAGCUGCCAAACCUUUCCCAUGGGGCCCAGAGUUUCUCUGCGUGUUCGGCUGGGCCGGGCCGAAGCAGUUGCAGGGCCGCUAGCUGCCUCCCUGCUCUCUGCCUCCCCACUGGAGGCUUUGCCACCAGCUACAGCGUGGGUGGGGGCUGGUUCGGGGAGGGUGUCCUUAAUGGCAAUGAGAAGGAGACCAUGAAGUUCCUGAACGACCGCCUGGCCAAUUACCUGGAGAAGGUACGUCAGCUGGAGCAGGAGAACGCCAGCCUGGAGAGCCGCAUCCGUGAGUGGUGUGAGCAGCAGGUACCCUACCUGUGCCCCGACUACCAGUCCUACUUUCGGACCAUUGAGGAGCUCCAGAAGAAGAACCUGUGCACCAAGGCUGAGAAUGCCAGGCUGGUGGUGCAGAUUGACAAUGCCAAGCUGGCUGCAGAUGACUUCAGGACCAAGUAUGAGACGGAGUUGUCCAUGCGGCAGCUGGUGGAGGCUGACAUCAAUGGCCUGCGCAGGAUCCUGGAUGACCUGACCUUGUGCAAAGCUGACUUAGAGGCCCAAGUAGAGUCUCUGAAGGAGGAGCUGCUGUGUCUCAAGAAGAAUCAUGAGGAGGAAGUGAAUUCACUGCGCUGCCAGCUUGGCGACCGGCUCAAUGUUGAGGUGGAUGCUGCCCCACCUGUUGACCUGAACCGUGUCCUGGAUGAGAUGAGAUGCCAGUAUGAGACCCUGGUGGAGAAUAACCGCCGUGAUGCUGAAGACUGGUUCAACAACCAGACUGAGGAGCUGAACCAGCAGGUGGUGUCCAGCUCAGAGCAGCUGCAGUCCUGCCAGGCAGAGAUCAUCGAGUUGAGACGCACGGUCAACGCCCUGGAGAUCGAGCUGCAGGCCCAGCACAGCUUGAGAGAUGCUUUGGAAUCUACCCUGGCUGAGACCGAGGCCCGCUACAGCUCUCAGCUGGCCCAGAUGCAGUGCCUGAUCAGCAGUGUGGAGGCCCAGCUGGCUGAGAUCCGGGCUGACCUGGAACGGCAGAACCAGGAGUACCAGGUGCUGCUGGAUGUCCGGGCCCGACUGGAGGGUGAGAUCAACACAUACCGGGGCCUGCUGGAAAGCGAGGACAGCAAGCUCCCUUGUAACCCGUGUGCCCCUGACUACUCACCCUCCAAGUCGUGCCUCCCUUGUCUGCCGGCAGCCUCCUGCAGUCCUGGUGCUGCCCGAAUGAACUCCAGCCCCCGCCCUAUAUGUGUGCCCUGCCCAGGGGGCCGGUUCUGAGAGCCUGGCUCUGAGAGGGCUCUCUGCAAAUACAUACCUUAAAGUUUCUCAAAGCCAGUCACUAAGCCCGACUACCCCCAAAGGCCUCAACUCCUUAUCAUUUCAAUGGGUGCCAGGUCUCUGUUCUCAGGUUGCUUCCUGGGUCAGGUUUUCCUCCUGGGUGCUGUUCCAGUGGGUUCUGAAAAGCAAUUGAGGGCUUCUGUUGAUGGGACAAUAAAGCACACUUGCUCUGGCUCUUGAUGCCUCAUUUGCACCA